AUGCGGUGGCCGUGGCCUCUGGCCAUCUCUCUCGCCGUGGCGUUAGCGGCGGGUCCCGGCAGGGUCCCCGGGGGCGUCCCCCUGCGCCGGGGCGGUCGACAGGCCGCGACCCAGGAGCAGCCGAGCCGGUCCAGGCGUGGCACCGAGGAGGAGGAGGAGGCCAAGGGGGUGCAGCAGUAUGUGCCCGAGGAGUGGGCUGAGUACCCCCGGCCCAUCCGCCCCACCGGGCCGCAGCCCACCGAGCCCCAGGUGGCCGCCAGCGCCCACCCGGACUGGGCUGUGGUCCCUGGGGGCAGCCGGCAGGAGCCUCGGGGCAACACGACGGGGACGCCGGGCCGGCGGCUGCAGAUCCAGAACCCCCUGUACCCGGUGACGGAGAGCUCCUACGGGGCCUACACCGUGCUGCUCCUGGCCCUGCUGCUGUUUGCCGUGGGCAUCGUGGGCAACCUGGCAGUCAUGUGCAUCGUGUGGCACAGCUACUACCUGAAGAGCGCCUGGAACUCCAUCCUCGCCAGCCUGGCCCUCUGGGACUUUCUGGUCCUCUUCUUCUGUCUCCCUGUCAUCAUCUUCCACGAGAUCACCAAGCAGAGGCUGCUGGGUGACGUGUCUUGCCGGGCUGUGCCCUUCGUGGAGGUCUCCUCUCUAGGCGUCACCACCUUCAGCCUCUGCGCCCUGGGCAUUGACCGCUUCCACGUGGCCACCAGCACCCUGCCCAAGGCCAGGCCCAUCGAGCCGUGCCCGUCCAUCCUGGCCAAGCUGGCGGUCAUCUGGGUGGGCUCCAUGACGCUGGCUGUGCCCGAGCUCCUGCUCUGGCAGCUGGUGCAGGAGCCUGGCCCCGCUGCGGGCCCUGUGGACGCGUGCGUCAUGAAGCCCUCGGCCCGCCUGCCUGAGUCGCUCUACUCGCUGGUCUUGACCUACCAGAACGCCCGAAUGUGGUGGUCCUUCGGCUGCUACUUCUGCCUGCCCGUCCUCUUCACGGUCACCUGCCAGCUGGUGACGUGGCGGGUGUGGGGCCCGCCCGGCAGAAAGCCAGAGUGCCGGCCGGGCCAGCAGGAGCAGCGCGAGGGCCAGCUCAGCAGCACCGUGGUGGGCCUGACCGCCGUCUACGCCCUCUGCACCCUCCCCGAGAACGUGUGCAGCGUCGUGGCCGCCUACCUCUCGGCCACGCUCACCCGCCAGACCCUGGACCUCCUGGGCCUGGUGGGCCAGUUCGCCACCUUCCUCAAGGCCGCCGUCACGCCCGUGCUCCUCCUGUGCGUGUGCCGGCCGCUGGGCCGCGCGUUCCUGGACUGUUGCUGCUGCUGUUGCUGCGAGGGCUGCGGCGGGGCGGCGGCCACCGACGGCCCUGAUGCCAAGCUCCAGACGGGGCUGUCCGCCUCUGUCUACUUCCACAAGCCCCGGGAGGCGCCACCGCUCCUGGCCCUGGGCACGCCCUGCUGA